AGCCCCCGCCCGCCCGCCGCCCUGCUCGCCCUGCCUCGCCGUGCCCCGGCCCGCCCGUCCGCCCGCCGCUCCUUCCCCUCUUCGUGCCCCGGUCCGCCCGCUGCCGGCGGUUUCCCAGAACCAUGAUUGCUUGAUCUCACAACCCAGUGAAGACUUCUCUCCUGAUAAUGUCAAGUUCAGGCUACCCUCCGAACCAGGGAGCCUUCAGCACUGACCAGAGUCGCUAUCCUGCCCACUCUGCCCAGUAUACCUUUCCUACCACUCGCCACCAGCAGGAGUUUGCUGUGCCAGAUUAUCGGUCUUCUCAUCUUGAAGUCAGUCAAGCAUCACAGCUUCUGCAACAGCAGCAGCAGCAGCAACAGCAGCAGCAACAGCAGCAGCAGCUGAGGAGGCGACCUUCCUUACUUUCAGAAUUUCACCCAGGCUCCGACAGGCCUCAGGAAAGGAGAGCUGGAUAUGAACAAUUUCAUCCAGGUCCUUCUCAGGUGGACCAUGAUUCCUUGGAAGCUAAGCGACCUCGGCUGGACCAGGUUUCUGACACACAUUUUCAGCGGGUCAGUGCUGCUGUCUUGCCCUUAGUACACACACUGCCAGAGGGGCUGCGGGCAUCUACAGAGGUUAAGAAGGAGCCAGCUUUUGGAAGCAAACAUGAAGCCCCAUCUUCGCCUGUUUCUGGCCAGCCCUGUGGAGAUGACCAGAAUGCUUCUCCUUCCAAACUUUCUAAGGAAGAGUUAAUACAGAGCAUGGACCGGGUGGAUCGAGAAAUUGCAAAGGUAGAGCAGCAGAUUCUCAAACUGAAAAAGAAGCAGCAACAACUUGAAGAAGAAGCUGCUAAACCUCCAGAGCCAGAGAAGCCUGUGUCCCCUCCUCCUGUGGAGCAGAAACAUCGCAGUAUUGUCCAAAUUAUUUAUGAUGAAAAUCGGAAAAAAGCAGAAGAAGCUCAUAAAAUUUUUGAAGGUCUUGGCCCCAAAGUUGAGCUGCCACUUUACAACCAGCCGUCCGACACCAAGGUGUACCAUGAAAACAUCAAGACAAACCAGGUGAUGAGGAAAAAACUCAUCUUAUUUUUUAAAAGAAGAAAUCAUGCAAGAAAGCAAAGGGAACAAAAAAUCUGCCAGCGUUAUGAUCAGCUUAUGGAGGCAUGGGAGAAAAAGGUGGACAGAAUAGAGAAUAAUCCCCGGAGGAAAGCUAAAGAGAGUAAAACCAGAGAAUACUAUGAAAAACAGUUUCCAGAAAUUCGAAAGCAACGGGAACAACAAGAAAGAUUUCAGAGGGUUGGGCAGAGAGGAGCUGGUCUUUCUGCCACCAUCGCACGAAGUGAGCAUGAGAUUUCUGAAAUUAUUGAUGGCCUCUCUGAGCAGGAGAACAAUGAAAAACAAAUGCGUCAGCUUUCUGUCAUCCCACCCAUGAUGUUUGAUGCCGAACAAAGAAGGGUGAAGUUUAUCAACAUGAAUGGUCUCAUGGAGGAUCCCAUGAAAGUGUAUAAAGACAGACAGUUCAUGAAUGUUUGGACUGACCAUGAAAAGGAGAUCUUUAAAGAAAAGUUUGUCCAGCAUCCAAAGAACUUUGGUCUUAUUGCCUCCUACUUGGAAAGAAAGAGUGUGCCAGACUGUGUUUUAUAUUAUUAUUUAACCAAGAAAAAUGAGAAUUAUAAAGCCCUAGUAAGAAGAAAUUACGGGAAACGCAGAGGAAGAAACCAGCAACAAAUUGCCCGUCCUUCUCAAGAAGAAAAGGUAGAAGAAAAAGUUGAGGAAGAUAAAACUGAAAAGACAGAAAAAAAAGAAGAAGAAAAGAAAGAUGAAGAUGAAAAAGAUGAGAAAGAGGAACCUAAAGAAAACACCAAAGAGAAGGACAAGACGGAAGGGACAUCAGAAGAAACAGAAGAAAGGGAGCAAGCCACACCUCGGGGUCGAAAAACAGCCAACAGUCAAGGUCGUCGGAAGGGUCGCAUCACCAGGUCCAUGACAAACGAAGCUGCACAAGCGAGUGCGGCCGCAGCUGCUGCUACUGAAGAGCCCCCGGCUCCACUGCCGCCGCCGCCCGAACCUGCUUCUGCUGAACCUGUGGAGACUUCACGUUGGACAGAAGAAGAAAUGGAAGUUGCUAAGAAAGGCUUGGUGGAACACGGUCGGAACUGGGCAGCCAUUGCCAAAAUGGUGGGGACUAAAAGUGAAGCCCAGUGUAAAAACUUUUACUUCAAUUACAAAAGGCGCCACAAUCUGGACAACCUGCUGCAGCAGCACAAGCAGAAGUCUUCACGAAGGCCCCGGGAGGAGAGAGACGUGUCCCAGUGUGAAAGCAUUGCUUCUACUGUUUCUGCCCAGGAGGAUGAAGACAUCGAAGCUUCCAAUGAAGAAGAAAAUCCAGAAGACAGCGAAGGUGCUGAAAAUAGCUCUGACACAGAGAGUGCACCUUCUCCCUCCCCAGAUGAGGGUGCCAAACCAGGCGAAGACCCAACGGAAAAUGCCUCUUCUGGGCUAGCCAGCGAGGCCCCGGGAGAACUGGAAUCCAGUACAAGCGGCCCCGGCGCUUCUCCCGCUUCUGUCGUCUCGAGUGCAAAGCCAGGAGCUGGACAAGAAGCCAUGGAAACUCAGGUUAAGGAGGAAGUCACUGAAGACCCCGAGGAGCCCAUGGAAAUUGAUGGUGAAAGCCCCUCUGCUGACACUCAGCCACUUGGUGGUCUCUGCGGGCAAACCAAAGCAGAACCUGGUGACACAGAGGUGAGGGUGCCCGAAAAUGUCCAGGUGAAAACAGAAAGAGACGCCAAAGAGGGAGACUCCACAAGGCCCAAGGAGAGGCCUGAGUCAGAGGACACAAGCUUCGCCGUAGCCCAGACUUCCAGUGCUCUGAGGCCCGAGUCUCGUUCUGACAACGAUUCCAGCGCGACCUGUAGCGCCGAUGAAGAUGUGGAUGGAGAACCCCCUGAGAGGCAGAGAAUGUUUCCUAUGGAUUCAAAACCUUCACUGUUAAAUCCUACUGGAUCUGUAUUAGUCUCUUCUCCCAUCAAACCAGCUACAAUGGACCUACAACAGCUUCAUCAUCGAGCUGCUGUCAUCCCACCAAUGGUCUCCUGCACCCCCUGUAGCGUGCCAGUUGGUGCCCCUGUGAGUGGCUAUGCUCUUUAUCAGAGGCACAUUAAAGCCAUGCAUGAGUCAGCCCUCCUGGGACGACAGAGGCAAGAGCAACUUGAUCCAGAGUGUCGACGUUCUGCAAGUCCCAGUGUCGAAUGGGAAGUCCUCCAGCCUGCUCCACAUCAAGUGAUAACAAGUCUCCCCGAUGCAGCACGGCUUCCUACAACACGACCCACCAGGCCGCCGCCUCCACUCAUUCCUUCUUCUAAAAGCACCGUGGCCACUGAAAAGCCAUCCUUUAUUAUGGGAGGAUCAAUCUCACAGGGAACCCCUGGUACCUAUUUGACCUCUCAUUGCCAAGCUUCCUACACAUCAGAGCCAGCAAAGCCUUCAGUUGGGUCUAUCUCUCUUGGAUUACCACGGCAGCAGGAACCUACAAAGCCUGCUGCCUCCAUCCCCUACAUCAAACAGGAGGAAUUCUCUCCCCGUGGUCAAACCUCCCAGCCCGAAGGCUUAUUGGUCAGGGCCCAGCAUGAAGGUGUUGUCAGAGGUACUACAACAGCAAUCCAAGAAGGAAGUAUCACUCGAGGAACCCCAGCUAGUAAAGUUCCUGUUGAAAAUAUCCCUUCCCUUCGAGGCUCUAUUACUCAGGGUACUCCAGCUCUGUCCCAGCCUGGUAUACAAACAGACACAGUGGUGAAGGGAGCGAUUGCCAGGCUUUCCAUGGAAGAAGGUAGCCCAGAGAAGAGUCGAGAGGAAGCUGUAGCCAAAGGCCAUGUGAUUUAUGAAGGAAAGAGUGGACACAUAUUGUCAUAUGACAAUAUUAAGAAUGCCCGGGAAGGAACCAGGAGCCCAAGGGCUGCUCAUGAAAUCAGCUUAAAGAGAAGCUAUGAUUCCAUGGAAGGAACCAUCAAACAAGGGAUGUCGCUGAGAGAGUCUCCUGUGUCGGCCCCACUGGAGGGGUUGAUAUGCCGUGCACUGCCCCGGGGGAGCCCUCAUUCUGAUCUUAAAGAGAGAGCAGCGCUGUCUGGCUCCAUAAUGCAAGGCACACCAAGAGCCACAACGGAAAGCUUUGAAGAAGGCCUUAAAUAUCCCAAACAGAUUAAAAGAGAGAGUCCUCCCAUCCGAGCAUUUGAAGGAGCCAUUACAAAAGGAAAACCGUAUGAUGGAGUCACCACUAUCAAGGAAAUGGGACGCUCAAUUCAUGAAAUUCCAAGGCAAGAUCUUUUAAGUCAAGAAAGCCGAAAAACUCCAGAAGUAAUCCAGAGUACAAGACCCAUAAUUGAAGGUUCCAUUUCUCAGGGCACACCCAUAAAGUAUGAAAGCAGCUCUAGUCAAUCUGCCAUUAAGCAUAAUGUCAAGUCCCUCAUCACGGGUCCUAGUAAGCUCCCUCGUGGAUUGUCUCAGUUGGAAAUGGUCCCAGAGAACAUCAAGGUGGUCGAACGAGGAAAAUAUGAAGAUGUCAAAGCAGGAGAACCGAUCCGCUCCCGGCAUACAUCAGUUGUUAGCUCUGGUCCCUCUGUUUUAAGGUCAACCCUUCAUGAACCUCCCAAAGCACAACUGAGUCCUGGGAUUUAUGAUGACUCCAGUGCAAGAAGAACACCUGUGAAUUAUCAGAACAUGUCUAGAGGGUCUCCCAUGAUGAACAGAACUUCUGAUGCUGCCGUUUCUUCUGGGAAGUCCUCAAAUCAUGAAAGGAAAUCCACACUUACUCCUACCCAAAGAGAAAGUGUCCCUUUACCCUCUAAGUCUCCGGUCCCAGGCGUGGAUCCUGUCGUCACCCACAGUCCCUUUGAGCCCCACCACAGAGGCAGUACACCAGGAGAAGUCUAUCGAAGCCAUCUUCCUGCACACCUGGAUCCUGCGAUGCCAUUUCACAGGGCCCUGGACCCUGCGGCUGCUGCAUACCUGUUCCAGAGACAGCUUUCCCCAACGCCAGGUUACCCAAGUCAGUAUCAGCUUUAUGCGAUGGAAAACACGAGGCAGACGAUUCUAAAUGAUUAUAUUACCUCACAACAGAUGCAAGUUAACUUGCGCCCUGAUGUAGCCAGAGGACUCUCCCCCAGAGAGCAACAAUUAGGUCUCCCAUAUCCUGCAACCAGAGGAAUCAUCGACUUGACCAAUAUGCCACCCACCAUCUUGGUGCCUCAUCCUGGGGGUACAAGCACUCCUCCAAUGGAGAGAAUCACUUACAUACCAGGUACCCAGCUGACCUUCCCUCCCAGACCUUACAAUCCUGCUUCAAUGUCUCCAGGCCACCCUUCACAUCUGACUGCAUCUGCUGCCGCAAAUGUUGAAAGGACGGAACGGGAACGGGAAAGGGAGAGAGAGAAGGAACGUGAACGGGAAAGAGAAAGAGAGAGGGAGAGGGAGCGGGAGAGGGAGAGGGAGAGGGAGAGAGAACGGAUCGCUGCUGUCUCUUCAGAGUUAUACCUUCGUCCAGGUUCCGAGCAGUCUGGACGGCCCAGCAGCCAUGGCUAUGUCCGCUCCCCUUCCCCCUCAGUGAGGACGCCAGAGAAUCUUUUGCAGCAAAGAUCCACUAUUUUCCAGGGACCCAACGGAACCAGCGUCAUCACCCCUUUGGAUCCCGCUGCCCAGCUGCGCAUCAUGCAGAUGCCCCCCGGUGGGCCCGCACUAACCCCAGGCUUACCUGCCUCCCGCUACAACACUGCUGCCGAUGCCUUGGCUGCUCUGGUGGAUGCCGCUGCUUCCGCCCCUCAGAUGGAAGUGACCAAAGCAAAGGAGAGUAAGCACGAAGCAUCCAGGCUGGAGGAGAACCUGAGAGGCAGGUCAGCUGGUGAGCAGCAGCCACAGCCGCAGCCGGAGCCAAAGACAGGCCUGGAGGUGGACAAGAGGUCCGUCCAGUGCCCGUAUACAUCCUCAGCUUUCCCAAGUGGCAAACCCCAGGGCCAGACGUCUUCAAUUGUUUAUUCGGAGGCUGGCAAAGAGAAAGCCCCUCCUCCUAAGUCUCGGUACGAGGAGGAAUUAAGGACGCUGGGGAAGACUACUAUCACUGCAGCGAACUUCAUCGAUGUCAUCAUCACCAGGCAGAUUGCCUCGGACAAGGAUGCACGGGAACGUGGCUCUCAGAGCUCAGACUCUUCGAGCAGUCUAUCAUCUCAUCGAUAUGAACCAUCUGGAGAUGCUAUUGAGGUGAUAAGCCCUGCCAGCUCACCAGCACCACCCCAAGAAAAACUCCAGACCUACCCACAGGAGGCUGCGAAGGCAAAUUCUGCAGAAAGUGAUCCCAAUAGACAAUAUGAUGGAUCCCUGCCUCGAUACCGGCCUCAACAAGAGUCUCCGUCUCCGCAGCAGCAGCUGCCGCCACCCCCUCCUUCUUCGCAAGCAGAAGGAAUGGGGCAGGUUCCCCGGACCCAUCGCCUCAUCACACUUGCCGACCACAUCUGUCAAAUUAUUACACAAGAUUUUGCUAGAAACCAAGUUGCCUCGCAGGCUUCCCAGCAGCCUCCCACUUCUACAUUCCAGAAUUCAGCAUCUCCUUUAGUAUCUACUCCUGGGAGGACAAAAACAUCGAGCCGUUACAGUCCAGAAUCCCAGUCUCAAGCUGUCCUUCAUCCACGGCCCAGCUCCAGGGUGUCUCCUGAAAAUCUUUCUGAUAAAUCCAGGGCAAGGCCUGGAAAAUCUCCAGAAAGAAGUCAGGUCUCCUCUGAACCCUACGAGCCAAUCUCCCCACCUCAGGUUCCAGUCAUCCAUGAGAAGCAGGACAACAUCCUGCUACUGUCUCAGGGCGCAGUGCCCGCGGAGCAGAGGAAUGAUUCCCGCUCACCAGGAAGCAUAAGCUACUUGCCUUCCUUCUUCACCAAGCUGGAAAACACUUCACCCAUGGUGAAAUCAAAGAAGCAGGAAAUUUUUCGUAAGUUGAACUCCUCUGGUGGAGGUGACUCUGACAUGGCAGCUGCUCAGCCAGGAACAGAAAUCUUUAAUCUGCCAGCAGUCACUACCUCAGGCUCAAUCAGUGCCAGAGGUCAUUCUUUUGCGGAUCCUGCCAGUAAUCUGGGUCUAGAAGACAUAAUAAGGAAGGCUCUCAUGGGAAACUUUGAUGACAAAGGAGAAGAUCACGGAGUUGUCUUGACACAACCUAUGGCAGUAGUACCAGGUGGUACAAACCCAUCCAUGUUGGGCAAUAAUGAAACACGCAGAGAGGAAACAAACCCAUCACCUAAUUCUGGUGGAGGAGUUGGCAAACCGAAGCUAAUUGGCAAGUCGAAUAGUAGGAAGUCUAAAUCACCCAUUCCUGGGCAGGGCUAUUUAGGAGCUGAACGCCCCUCUUCUGUUUCAUCUGUCCAUUCAGAAGGAGAUUACCACAGGCAAACACCCGUGUGGGCCUGGGAAGACAGGCCCUCUUCAACAGGUUCAACACAGUUUCCUUUCAACCCUUUGACGAUGCGGAUGCUCAGCAGUACUCCGCCAACAUCGAUCGCAUGCGCCCCCUCGUCCGUGAGCCAGGCGGCUGCUCACCCACCAAACAGGAUGUGGGAGCGAGAACCCGCUCCGCUGCUCUCCUCACAAUAUGAGACGCUGUCAGACAGUGAUGAAUGAACUAUGCACAGAUUGACGCCGGGGGGAGGGAUCUUUCCUUUUUUUGUGUUGUUUUUUUUUUUUUUUUUUCCAAUUGCGGGUCAAAAAACUGUCUCUUGACUUGUGCCCAGAGAGACUUUCCAGGAGAGCCAGGGCCACACACAAUGAAGAAAUGAUGGAAUCUCAUUUGGAGAGUCAAGUAGAAAAAUGACUGUGAUAUACAGCCCGUGAAGAGGAUUUUAAUAGUGGAGGGUGGAAAUCCUGAAGAUAAAUAUGUAAAGAGUUUUUAAAAAGUGGACAAUUCCUGUUCUACAUCUAUUUGUAAAGAAAAGCAUAAUGUCUUUAAAUCAUUCUUCUGUAAAUAGAUUACCUUUUUGCAGUGUUUUCCCCUCGCUAUAGUAUCUGGUGUACUUGUGUUCCAAUCAGCGCAUCGACUCUGGGGGUCAUUUUGUGAUUUUUUUUUUUUUUAAAGCAACUUAAGCGUGACUUCGGAACCCUUGCCUUCCAAACGACCUCAUUCGGCCUCGUUACACUGCAUUGGCCAUCACGGGCAUUGUAUUUCAAUGACUUGUUUCUCUUUACAUUUUCCCAGUGAUGUUUAAAAUCUUUUGUGAAAAUGUUGAGCUCUAAAGGUGGACUGUAAGUGGUCCUGUGACAGGAUCUGUACAUUAUUAUAUUUGGAUCAGCCAGCAGGAGGAAAACACAUUUCCUUCCUUUAAAGUAUUUUGUCAUAUUGUACAUUUUCAGUGCAGUCUUAAAAAAGUUUUCUUAAAUGAGCACUGCAGCAAUAUUAUUGCAUGGGUAUGUGAUGAUUGUUUGAAAAGAGGCCUAUUAGACGAGGUGCACACUGGUGACUUAACUCUUAGCCCAGGCUGUGGGCAGACUGACCCCCCGGCCCCCGGCCCUUGGGAGUGGGCCGCUGCUGAAGCAAGGCUGGCCGGCUCGGGUUCCAAGGGAACCUUUCCCUUGUUGGUAUGUGAGCUUUUUUUUUCUUCCUUGAAUUUUGUUGAACAGUCAAGUUACUUAGCCGAUAUCAAGAUAUUUUAGAUUUUGUGCUCUACAGUAUUGAAAACCAUGUGAUUCACUGUUUAACAGUCUUCUAUUCUUUGCACAAACUAGUACUUAUCCUCUUUCCGCUUUCUGGUUUGGGGGCCAAGCUUAAUGUUAAACAUCUGGCUAAUUAAUUAAGCUAGUUUUAAAUUGGAAUAAGGAAUUAUUUUAUUUGUGGUCCAAGACUAUUUUUCUGAUCUCAUUAAUCACUGCCUGCUGAAUUUUAGGUGUUUAUCACAAUGUCAGGCAGGCAGGCAAUAAUCUAUCUCCACUCUCCCUUUGCAUCUAGGUACUAGUUAAGAAAAUGCCAGGUUUGUUUGGGUUAAAAACGGGUAAAAAGGACAUAGGAGGUUCAGGUACAAUUUAAAAUUUGCUGGGAUUAAUAUACACUGAACUCUCAAGAGGGUAUCCACGGUAGUCUGUGUAUACACUUUAGAGAAACUUGGGCCUCUCUUGAGGUUUUUACUAAAAUUCCAAAGGAGUUCAAAUAUUUCGUUUCUGAUACUUGAAAGAUGAAUAUGUGUUCGCUUGAUUCUGUGAUUACCUCACAUUUAAUAAUGGGAUGAUUCCAUCUGAUUAUCUCUUCGGUUUGAACCAUGGGAAAUUUCUAGAAUCUGAACAGUUUUACUGAUUCGUUAGUCCACAGGUAGCAAACUUGUUACAGUAUUUUUCUAGAUGCUUGAAAAUUCAUGCCCACCCAAAAAAGAAAAAAAAUUCUGUUCUUGACCAAGUUUUCUUAGUAAAAAAAAAUUUUGUUUAAUGCCACAGAGGUCUAAAUAGAGACUUUUCAGAUCAAAUUGUGGACCCAUGAUGCUUUGCCACAUUCAUUACUUCACUCUCACAAAAGGAAACCAAAAAGCCCACGUAGUUCUAUUAGUUAAUAUUGAAUCUCCAGGAGGAGUUUUUUUUUUGUAUAUAACCUUGGACAGAACCUCGGGGUUCUUGGUGACCUAUUAAGUCCAUCCCUACCUGAUCAAAAAUCCUGCCUCGAGCUCCCCAAGCAGGUGACUUACCUCCAGGGCCAGGGGCUAGUCUUCUCAUAGCAUUCAUUUCCCUUUUAGGACUCUCCUUGUCAGGGGGAAAAAAAGGUUUUCCUGUCAAGUCUCAAUCUGCCUCCCAGCAACUUCUGCCUGUUUCUGUGUGCGGUCUAUGUCCUCUGGGGUCAAGCAGAACACAGUUAAGCACUCCUCCUCAUGGUGGCCAUUCGAUUCCUACUUCUUUAACAAACACAUAAAGUGGGGGUUUGUUUAAAGUGGCUUUGCCUGCAGAGCCACCCCAGUGUCUGCUCCUGUGGGUAGAGCGGGAAUUGUGGCCAUGGCGGUCUGUGAAAACAAUAGUGGUCUUGGGCCUUCCUCCCACUAGCAUGCCCCCUCAAGGAAGGCUGCUUCUGCUCACAGAUUUCCCAGCCUUCUCAAGUCCUGAACCUUGAACCGGUCCCCUCAUCGACUCCAGCACCCAGGUCCAAGUGGAGAUUGGCUCAAACGUGAGGAGCCUUAAGAAUUGGUUCUGUCUUGUUCCGAUCGUGGUUUACAAAAGCAGUUGGACAGCAUUUUCAUCGCUGAUUUAUGAUACGUGAUUUCACAAUGUUUUCAUCUUGGUAUGUUCACUGAUUCUGAUUUGAAAACAUUUAAGACUUGAAAACCCAUGUGUAAUGGUGAAAUUUAAUUUCUCCCUUCCUCCCCACACAAUGUCUUUAGUAGUUAGUGACUUCUGGAUUCAGACCAAUCAAUAAAAGGGGAUCAGCUAGUUCUCCA